AAAAGUCGGUACCGAGAGGGGCUUAUGAUGCAAUGCCCAGCUGUAAAAAGAUGAAGCUGCAAUGAGAGGAACCGUGGAUGAGUGUUUCAUCCAGCCUGGGGUUUGCAACAGAAAUGAGGGACUGAAUCAGACUUGGGAGCAGUCGGUCUCUUGUCUGCGCUCUUGACUAACAAGACCGAUUUGAAUAGGAGGCCUCUGCUGGAAGAGGGUUCAGGUGUGGAAGCCCAUUGUGAGCUCUGUAGCACGCUGUGUGUGUCUUUGUUUUGCAUAUUCCAACCGCGUGUCCCUUUGCUACAGAACAAAUUUGACCUUGGAAAGUUUCAGCUAUGGAGAAGUGGGACGGCAGUGCAGGCACCUCUGCUUUCCACAUGCCAGAAUGGAUGAUCCAGUUUGCUGACCAGAAGCAGGAAUUCAACAAGCGCCCAACGAAGAUUAGUCGCCGUUCGCUGUCCCGGUCCAUCUCUCAGUCCUCUACAGACAGCUACAGCUCAGCUGCCUCGUACACAGACAGCUCCGACGAUGAGACCUCCCCCCGGGACAAGCAGCAGAAGAACUCUAAAGGCAGCAGCGAUUUCUGUGUGAAAAACAUAAAGCAGGCAGAAUUUGGGCGCCGAGAGAUUGAAAUUGCUGAGCAAGAAAUGCCUGCACUUAUGGCUUUGCGGAAGCGAGCUCAGGGAGAGAAGCCAUUGGCUGGGGCCAAGAUCGUGGGCUGCACGCACAUUACAGCCCAGACUGCUGUACUGAUGGAGACUCUUGGUGCCUUGGGUGCUCAGUGCCGGUGGGCUGCUUGCAACAUCUAUUCAACUCUCAACGAAGUGGCUGCUGCCCUGGCUGAGAGUGGAUUCCCUGUCUUUGCCUGGAAGGGAGAAUCUGAAGAUGACUUCUGGUGGUGUAUCGAUCGCUGUGUCAACGUGGAGGGAUGGCAGCCUAAUAUGAUCUUGGAUGAUGGAGGGGACCUCACCCACUGGAUUUAUAAGAAAUACCCCAACAUGUUUAAGAAAAUCAAGGGGAUAGUAGAGGAGAGUGUGACUGGCGUCCACAGGUUGUACCAGUUGUCUAAAGCUGGAAAACUGUGUGUCCCAGCCAUGAAUGUCAACGACUCUGUCACCAAACAGAAGUUCGAUAACCUGUACUGCUGCAGAGAAUCCAUCCUGGAUGGCCUUAAAAGGACGACAGACAUGAUGUUUGGAGGAAAACAAGUGGUGGUGUGCGGCUACGGAGAGGUCGGAAAGGGCUGCUGCGCGGCUUUGAAGGCCAUGGGCUCCAUAGUGUACGUGACCGAGAUCGAUCCAAUCUGUGCCCUGCAGGCCUGCAUGGAUGGGUUCCGGCUCGUCAAGCUCAACGAGGUCAUCAGACAAGUCGACAUUGUCAUCACCUGUACAGCACCACAACCUUCUGUGUUGAAAGGCAACAAGAACGUGGUGACAAGAGAACACCUCGACCGGAUGAAGAACAGCUGCAUUGUGUGUAACAUGGGGCACUCCAACACCGAAAUAGAUGUGGCCAGCCUGCGGACCCCUGAGCUGACUUGGGAGAGGGUGAGAUCUCAAGUAGACCACGUCAUCUGGCCAGACGGAAAGAGGAUAGUGCUGCUGGCAGAGGGCCGUCUGCUGAACCUCAGCUGCUCCACCGUCCCCACCUUUGUGCUGUCCAUCACUGCAACCACUCAGGCUCUGGCACUGAUAGAGCUGUACAACGCCCCGGAAGGGCGCUACAAGCAGGAUGUCUACCUGCUGCCGAAGAAGAUGGAUGAGUAUGUGGCGAGUCUGCACCUCCCAACGUUCGAUGCGCACCUGACCGAGCUGACGGACGAGCAAGCCAAAUACCUGGGACUGAAUAAGAACGGGCCUUUCAAACCAAACUACUACAGGUAUUAAGUUUCCGCAGCCAGAAGAAGCGCAAGGAAGAACUCACGUCUUUUCCCAACUACUGUACAGGACGAAACAGUACAAGCUUCCCAAGUCAGAGCUGGACUUGCUCACAUAGUAGACAGUGUGUUAGGUUAUUUAUUUAUUAAACUAGAAUACUGUA